GUUCUUUUUCAAUCACAAUCUUGACUUGGGUUAAUCAAUGGCAACCGGGGAAUUUCUCUUGCCCUUUCAACGUACGUUGGAUUGAUUUAUAACGUGAAAUCAAUGUUAGGAUUCGAUUUGAAGAGGCGGAAAGAAUCAGUGCAACUGUGGUCUGUGGGAGUGUUUUCUUCUGAACGUGGAUCUUUUAAGGGACGGAAAACUAAAGUGAUUUUGACAGUGUGAAUUCUAGAGAAAGCAGGCCUGAGUCACUUCAUGUUCAUCGCCCAAUGUUGCCGAGCGUCUUCAAUGUGAAUUGAUGUGUCACAUUAGACUCAACAUCAAUGAAAACGUACAGACAAAGUAAUUAUAAUGGGGGAAAUGUUACCGUAAUACGAAUAUGACGAUAACAGACUAACCAUUUUCCAAGAGAGAUGUCAACUUAUCCACAGGAAUGAUCUAAGCAUUCAUAUCUUGGACUUUAAUAUAAGAACCACUCGAUACUAGCGAUCGAUGGAUCUUGACCCAGGAAAACGAUGAAGUCAGCGACACUGCGACUCCCUUGAACACCAGGCCCUGAUCAUGCGUAGCAGACGACAAGUGAGUUCACUAUGAUCGACUCCGAUGAGCAAACACCCGCCCUUGCGCAUCACAUGACGUGGAUUCACAACUUCCCCAAAUGUGACAGCUGCGUCACCAUGAACGCAGCCGGGAGGGGGCGUCACCCACUUGGUCAUCGCUAUCCAGUUGCCAUGGUAUCGGAUGAGUCGUCACGUGGAUUAAACCAAGGUGCGAAUUUUCUCCCAGGUAUAGUGCAAGGGAGAUCGUUGGAGAGGAAACAGAGGCUUGAGGUUGGUUGCAAACAGUGUCGCAGCGAUGUUAACAAGACAUCGAGGGAUCACAACAUGCAAUUACCACAUCCGAAUACGUCAAACCACCUACCCCACAUAUCAACUGGUAACCGAUCAAAUGGCAACUUAAGUCCCACAACACAAUUCAAAAUGGGUAUCACUAGAGCUCAGCAACGGCUUGCCAAGUCGUUAGAUUUAGACGAACACAGCAAGAUGAAUGUUAAAAGACGUGUAAGUUUGCCAUCACUUACGUCUGAUAACUUACAAUUAACUUCCGGUAGCUCUGGAACGUCGGCUUCAGACAGCGGUGUGUAUGACGUCACACAAGAGGAAGAUGACGUAACACUCCUGAGCCGGGUAUCGCUCGAGGAAACUGACUCCGACGACGAACAAAAUAACUCUAAUCUAACAAUUGAUCCAUUUCCGUAUCAAUCAGAACGAUCGCCAUACGAAAGCGAUGUCGAUUGGCCGCACCCGAAGCCACCAACACCAAUCAAGCCAAAGAAGAAAAAGAAAAAGAAACCGGCACCUCCACCUCCGCCGAAGCCUCGUCCGAAGAAAGCAAAGAAAGCGUAUGUUAAGCGGAAGCCUCCGAUCAACUUCGCCGCUCUCCGCCGGCAUGAGCAAGAAGUCGCAAGACGUCUCCCGAUCAAGAAGCAGUUCCUCUAUUCGAACGCCCUAGAAUCUGAACUACAGAGUUAUAUCCCACCCCGAAUACCCGGUGGCAGACUCAAAACUGUCUACAAACGAACGCAAACAGGAGAUAUCAUGAUCCCUGAAGAUCCAAUCACGGUUGAAUAUACUGAGCUUAAAAACGAAACGGAGGAGGACAAUGUGUCACCGUGGCAGAGGCGGAGAACAGAGGCGCUACAGGCCUUCCUAGAAAGGAGGAGAAAGUUACAGAAGCGCGUUUCGUCACGCGAUAAGAGAAAUCGCGUUCGGUUCAUUUUGCCGCCUGGUCAUAUCGAUAGUGCGAGCGAGAAAGACGAUGAUGAAGAAAAGUCUGACGAUAUUGAUCAUGGGAGUCGAGCCGGCAUUGACGAACUGGACAAUGACGAUUCACCUCAAGGAAACGACGGGGAAGGCGCUCAACCAUCUCGCGUAAGCCUUGUCGUUGAGGAAGCCCUACGCACACUCGAGAGCACACCAUCUCAAAAAGAUUCCGAUGAAUUGGUUCAAAACUGGUUGCAGACGACAAAAGACGAUAGUAUCAAUGAUCGCAGGGUAGUCGAAAGAACAAGCAUCACCGAUCAAUUUGUUAAACUACCGUAGAUAUCCGAAACUAUAUCGGCAUCUCCGAUGAUUUCCGACAAUCCUUCUCGACAAUUACUUGACGCAAGCAAUAUGACUGUGACCGUAACUGAAGUUAUAGAUAAAACUGGAGUAUCAUAAAUAUUAUGCAUGUAUAGAUUACCGCGGCCUUCAACAUUGUGUUGUUAUGUAGUAUUGAUAACGCAGGGUGCAAACAAUUAUUAAUGUGAGUUUGUCGCUAUUAGAUGAGAUUACUGUUUUCUACCCCUUUAAAAUGCUCCUGUAUAGUAUCUAUAAUAUUAUUUAACAAGCUUUUAUAUGUUUCAUAAGCGUAUGGUGGGGGGGGGGUGCAGCCCUUCUACGCUGAUUAUCGGUUUGUUGUUGUUGAGAUUAAUGGCGUUUCCAUCGAUGGCAUUGGCAAGGUGGUCUAUUUGUAUCUUUACACCUGUUAUAAUCUUUCAGACAAAUUACAGUUAGUGAACUGAGUGCCCUCCCCCCGGUUUUUUUUGGGGGGCGGGGGAGGGAUGCCUCCUUAUUAUGUACACAAAGACAAUCGAAAUCGAAGUGCAUUUUACGAUAAUAGAAUUUAUAAUCAUUGACCAACAUUAUUUUUAAAUACUAGUAAUAAUAAUCACCAGAAAUUCAUUAAACUGGCAUAUUUAGCGCCAUCUGUCGUCAUAUACAUGUACAUGUACCUUCAUAUUCUGCAGAUAGAUACAUGAUUAAAAUUGUAUUAUGUCUCAUAAGCAUCUUGUAAAAGAAUUAGUGUCUAUAAAAUUGAAUAUGUGAGUUAGCUGAGAUAUUAAGAUCAAAGUAUUAUUUUAUGUGCAAAUAAUAUGAUUGAAAAACAAUACUGAUCACAUUGUUUUGAACGAGAUAAUCAUCGAAAUAUAAAUGCUUUGCAACAUGCAUUGUGAAAACUUCAA